GUCCACACAGCGCGGUGCGCAAAUCGCUGCUAACAAGGGAGGGGCUCACGGAAGAGAACUGGAUGAUGGAGGCUGCGAGGCGUGUCAGAGAUGCUGGUGAAGAAUGGACGCGGAUGAGAAGGGAGGCAAGGGUUGCGUGUGGUGGGAUCCUUGGGGAUGGACUUGACAAGGGGAAGGGGAAGGAAGUGCAGGUAGCUGAAGGAGAGGAGAAGCGAGGGGCAACUGAGGAGCUGGAAGGCGCGGAGAGGAAGAAAGCGAGAGCUGAGGAGUCACAGUAUCCGCUUGGCGUUUAUGAGCCCCACACAGGACUGGUGCAUUAUCGCGCAGACACGCAACCUACUCGCUGUCACUGGGAACAAAUUGGACAGCGGAAGAUGCUUCGGGGAACGAAGGCAGGAAAUGGCGCUUGGGCGCUUGCGUGGGUCGAUACACACAUUGAACUGCCCACGCCGGAAGAGGCAGAUCCAUAUGCACAAACGAGAGCAGAAAUUUUGGAGGCAGUAAGGGAGACGUGUUAGGAGAUCAAUUCCUGUCCCACUGUUUGCACAAUGGAAAAGGUCAUGCGUGUUGCCUGAUGAAAUUUAGUUAUAUUCAGGGGUCCAUAUUUUUUGUUGUUGUACCGAGCUUGGACUGAUUGUGUAACGACAACAACGCCACUAUGCAUGUAGGGUCAUCAUCGAUCUUUACGAGCCUAAGGCUUGAAAGCUUGAUACCUGAUACUAUUGGGAAUGUCUGAUAAGGACUUUUCGCAAUGCCAAAAGGCAAUUCACUUGACGUUCCUCAACUUGAAGUGCAGAGUCUGCAGACCGCGUUGACUGGAUUUGAGUUUGAGUUUGAUGUCUCUCGCACAGU